CUUCGUUACUUCCCUCUUGUUGUCUAUAUUAACUCCCUCACCUUCUUCUUCUUCCUUUCUCUCUCUUCAAUUCUCUUUCUCUCUCCUCUUUCUGCUGACCUUCCUUUCGUCGGAGAUCCGCUAAUUUCCGGUCGAUUUUCGCCGGCGAAUUCCUUAUUCCGGCGACUUUACGCGUUGUUAUCUUUCUUCUCGAUCCUUCUUCAGUUUUACUGUUCAGUCAUGAAUCCUGAGUAUGAUUACCUUUUCAAGCUUUUGCUUAUUGGAGAUUCAGGUGUCGGAAAAUCAUGUCUUCUCCUGAGAUUUGCGGAUGACUCAUAUUUGGAAAGCUACAUAAGCACUAUUGGAGUUGAUUUCAAAAUUCGCACAGUGGAGCAAGAUGGAAAGACCAUUAAACUUCAGAUUUGGGACACUGCUGGACAAGAGCGUUUUAGGACAAUCACUAGCAGCUACUACCGUGGAGCACAUGGAAUCAUUGUGGUCUAUGAUGUGACAGAUAUGGAAAGUUUCAACAACGUGAAGCAGUGGCUAAAUGAAAUUGAUCGUUAUGCUAGUGACAACGUUAACAAACUUCUGGUUGGAAACAAGUGUGAUCUUGCUGCCAAUAGAGCUGUUCCAUAUGAAACUGCCAAGGCCUUUGCUGAUGAAAUUGGCAUACCUUUUAUGGAGACCAGUGCAAAGGAUGCUACUAAUGUAGAACAGGCUUUCAUGGCUAUGACUGGCUCUAUCAAAAACAGGAUGGCCAGCCAACCCAUGAACAAUGCCAGGCCUCCAACAGUUCAGAUCCGAGGUCAGCCAGUUGCACAGAAGAGUGGGUGCUGCUCUACUUAGGGGAAUAUUAUAUUUUGGUGCCACAUUGUGGCAUGUAAGAAUCUGAUUUUGCUGCAAUAUUAUUUGAAAUUCAACAUUCAUCAACACGGUCUUAUCUAGGUUUCCGUGUUUUUAGUGGUUUGCAAUUUGUUAACUUGAAAAUUCUCAUUCUUUUCUACAAGUAGAUUUGUAUAAAAAUGAUGGAUUUUACUGAAAAUUUUAGCAUGAAUUUAUUUACCUAUCAUCAACUUUCUGCAGUU